UCUCAUCCCGACCUCCCUACAGGGGUUUCUGAGCCGUCGGCUAAAAGGAUCCAUCAAAAGGACAAAGAGCCAGCCCAAGCUCGACAGAAACAGCAGCUUCAGGCACAUCUUACCUGGAUUCAGGAGCGUGGACAAUGAGAGAUCACAUCUAAUGCCGAGGCUGAAGGAAUCACGGUCCCACGAGUCAUUGCUCAGCCCCAGCAGUGCUGUAGAAGCCCUGGAUCUCAGUAUGGAGGAGGAGGUUGUAAUCAAACCUGUGCACAGCAGUAUUCUGGGACAGGACUACUUCAACAAAACCUUACCCUUCCGGUACCGAGUGUCAACCUCUACAGGAAGCAAGUGCUUUUCCUGUCGAUCUGCAGCAGAGCGGGAUAAAUGGAUGGAAAACCUGAGAAGGGCUGUGCACCCAAACAAGGACAACAGCAGACGCGUGGAGAACAUGCUGAAGCUGUGGAUCAUCGAAGCCAAGGACCUGCCUGCCAAGAAGAAAUACUUCUGCGAACUGUGCCUGGACGACACACUUUAUGCACGGACUACUUGCAAGCUGAAAACGGAUAACGUCUUCUGGGGUGAACACUUUGAGUUCAACAACCUGCCCUCGGUCAAAAGCAUCACUGUGCACUUGUACAAGGAGACGGACAAAAAGAAAAAGAAGGACAAGAACAACUACGUGGGGCUGGUGAACAUUCCCAUCGUCGCGGUAACGGGCCGGCAGUUCAUGGAGAAAUGGUACCCAGUGAGCACUCCCAACUCCAACAAGGGCAAGUCGGCCGGGCCCAUGAUCCGCAUCAAGUCUCGUUAUCAGAGCAUGAGCAUCCUACCCAUGGAGCUGUACAAGGAGUUUGCAGAGUACAUCACCAACAAUUACAUGGUGCUGUGUGCCCUGCUGGAGCCCGCGCUCAGUGUGAAGAACAAGGAGGAGAUGGCUUCCGCGCUGGUGCAUAUCCUGCAGAGCACUGGGAAAGCCAAGGACUUCCUGACAGAUCUGAUGAUGUCUGAGGUCGAUCGCUGCGGUGACAACGAGCAUCUCAUAUUCAGAGAGAACACCCUCGCCACCAAAGCCAUCGAAGAGUAUCUCAAACUGGUUGGACAGAAAUACCUACAAGACGCACUUGGUGAGUUCAUCAAGGCCCUGUACGAAUCAGACGAGAACUGUGAGGUGGACCCCAGCAAAUGCUCCUCCGGGGAUCUCCCUGAGCACCAGAGCAACCUGAAGAUGUGCUGCGAGCUGGCCUUCUGCAAGAUCAUCAACUCCUACUGCGUGUUUCCUCGUGAGCUGAAGGAGGUGUUUGCUUCGUGGAGACAAGAGUGCAGCAACCGCAGGCGACCUGAUAUCAGCGAGAGACUCAUCAGUGCCUCCCUCUUCCUGCGCUUCCUCUGUCCCGCCAUCAUGUCCCCCUCGCUCUUCAGCCUCCUGCAGGAGUACCCGGACGACCGCACGGCACGCACUUUGACCCUCAUUGCCAAGGUCACCCAAAACUUAGCCAACUUCGCCAAGUUUGGCAACAAGGAGGAAUACAUGUCCUUUAUGAACCAGUUCCUGGAACACGAGUGGACCAACAUGCAGAGGUUCCUGCUGGAGAUCUCCAACCCAGAGACCAUCUCCAACACAGCCGGGUUUGAAGGCUAUAUCGACCUGGGCCGGGAGCUCUCCACUCUGCACUCACUCCUAUCUGAGGUGGUGUCACAGCUCGAGCAGGGCACCGCUGCCAAGCUUGGACCCUUGCCACGCAUCCUGAGGGACGUGAACACAGCACUUACUAACCCUUCGAGCGUCCAGGUAUCUGUCUGCUCCGAGCGCCCCGCCUCCACUCCCAGCGCUGGCUGCAGCAUCUCCACAGGACUGCAGAAGAUGGUCAUUGAGAAUGAUUUAUCUGGUCUGGUAGAUUUCACACGGUUACCUUCCCCGACCGCGGAGAACAAGGACCUAUUUUUUGUCACAAAGAAUUCGGGAGUGCAGUCUUCGCCCGCACGCAGCUCCAGUUACUCGGAAGCCAAUGAGCCUGAUGUGCAAAUUCCAAAUGGCAGCAAGAGCCUUUCCAUGGUGGACUUACAAGAUAACCGUAGCUCAGAGAGCGGGCCCAAUGCUUCCGGCUCUGGGGACUGCCUCAACAUGAGCCAGUCGUCUAUUGGACAGGUACAGGGUGGGGCGUGGUCAGCGCGGACGCUGCAGAGCAAUGCGGCAGCAGCCGGGACGACCAUUAGGAGGGCAGGCCAGACUCCCACCACCCCCAACUCGGAGAACAUCCCGGGUAGGCCACAGCUCUUAGCACCGCUGUCAUUUCAGAACCCGGUCUAUCAGAUGGCAGCCGGGUUGCCAGUGUCGCCACGGGGACUAGCCGACUCCGGAUCAGAGUGUCACAGUUCUGUCAGCUCCCAGAGUAACAACGACGAACUGGGGGCCAACAAACACUUCCUCAACCCCGGGAAUAACGAAGACUUUGCCAGGCGCACCGGGGAGUUCAACCGAAGGCAGCUCUCUCUGACGGAAAACCCACACCAGCCAACUGUGCCCAGACAGAACAGCUCCGGCCCCCAGCGUCGAAUAGACCAGCCGCCACCUCCGGUCACUAGAGGGCGGACUCCUCCCAGCCUGUUAAACACGGCUCCCUAUCAGAGGCCAUCAAGCGGCAGCAUGAUGUCCUCGUCUCCAGACUGGCCAGGCAGCGGAGCCAGAUUGCGUCAGCAGUCCUCUUCCUCCAAGGGAGACAGUCCUGAGACCAAGCAGCGGACGAUCCACAAACAGGCCCCCUCCCCUGUGAAUCCCAAUGCUCUGGACCGCACUGCAGCCUGGCUCUUGAAUAUGAAUGUGCAGUAUAUAGAACACGAAGGGACUGACCCAGAUUCCAAACUCAGAGAGGAGCUCACUCACACUGACAAGUACCAGCAGGAGGUGGCGAUAUUGCAGGACAAGCUGCGACUGUCAAGCAAGAAGCAGGAGGAGUACGAGUCCAGGCUGAAGAGCCAGGAGGAGCAGGCCCAGAAGAUGAUGCUGGAGUACCAGGCCAGGCUGGAGGAGGGGGAGGAGAGGCUCCGGAGACAGCAGGAGGACAAGGAGCUCCAGAUGAAAGGCAUCAUCAGCAGGUUAAUGUCCGUAGAAGAAGAAUUAAAGAAAGAUCAUUCAGAAAUGCAGGCUGUAGUGGAUUCCCUAAAAACUCUCAUUUAUCUGCAGGAAAAACGCAUUGCCUCUCUGGACGCGGCAAAUGCAAGGUUAAUGAGCGCACUUACACAGCUAAAGGAGCGGUACAGCAUGCAGACUCGCAAUGGGAUCUCGCCAACAAACCCCACGAAACUGCAAAUCACAGAAAACGGAGAGUUUAGGAACAGCAGCAACUGUUAAUAACCAAGCAAACAAAGGGAAAGAAAAAAAAAAAUGAAAGAAAACUUUGCCAAGCAUUAUGGGACAUUACACAACAAAAACGGAGAACUGCUAACAGCUACAUGUUAUACACAGAGGGGGCAAAAAAAACAAACAUGCCAAUAGCAUUUUAAUAGCCUGGAUUAAAAAAAAAAAAAAUUCUAAUCUUGACCUAAAACUAUAUACAUUUCCAUUAUUUUCAAUGGAAAUAUUAAUUUUAAUAUUUGUGGCUUUUAAUCAAGGACCUAAAUGCUUUCAGGUGGAGAAGAAAACAAGCUGAUAGAACUGAUAAACCUCCUGUAGCUUGGUUUGAAAAUUCACCUGGAACAAGCAGCAAGGACUUUCUGCAUAUAACGAAAGCUGAACACCUAUGCUAAUACCUGCUUGUCAAGAACCACUAUAUUGUGUAUAAGUAAGUCCACCGGUUCUAGUUUGUACUAGAUUUACUUUUGAGGAGUAGGUAGUGUUAAGUCUUGUAAUAAGCUGCCUGUAAUAAGCCAUUCCUAGUGUCAGCUCCAGAACUGGGUUGCCAGGUAAUACUUAAGUGCUGGAGGAUUUUCUAACUUUAAGAGUAAAGAGUAGCGCUGGAGGUUUGAAGAGCUCAGAGUUUUUAUAUUGUGCCGAGUUGCCGUCAGCGUUUUAGGCCUCUCGAUCCAGAGCGCAGUAAUGAAGUCCUGAUUCAGCUAAGGCUAGAAAGCCACUCCUUUUUGAUGUGUUUUACACUGUAAUUCGCUUGAUACAAGGCUUUGGCUCAUCAGACAGAUUUACAUCUUUACAGGACAGCCCUUCAUGCAUUGUAGGCCAAAUUGAACAGUUCCAAAGCUGUGAGCCCGGCCCAUCUUUCUUCAUUAAGGAAGUUAUCGGUCUCUGCUUGUCAUUUUCUACAGCUGUUGAGUGCAUUAUGAUAUGAAAGUGUAAACAGCAUUUAGUUGCGAGUCGGAAUUGAAACAGUGCUGUGAGCGAGGGAUUGGACUUGCUAGGAUUUUUCUCAGCUGUGCAAAAAGCUGAUGAAUUGCAUCUGGGAAAAACCAAAAGGGAAAGCUCAGCUGUGUCUCCAUGCUGCUCAAGGGAAAUGUGAAGGGUUAGGAGCCACAUAUUGUUAUUAAUAUUUAUUUAUUCUCAUUCUUUCUGUCAUGUUAAUCUUCAAAAAAGGCACAGGAGAGCAUGAAUUUCUGAGCAUGCCCACAGAACAGGUUACUGAUUCUUACAGGCAAAAUCAAAAGACACAAACUCAAGCAAAGCCACAUUUUGGCAAAUGAAGUCUUCAGUGUUUGUCAACAUGAAUUCAGUUUCUUAUAGUUUUAAUUUAAUGAUUGUGUUUAAAUUCAUGGUUGAGCUGAUUCUCAAAUCCAUUUCAACUGCAUUUGCCAAACAUGAUCUACGUGGUUAUAUGUGCACAUAUAUAUAUAUAUAUAUAUA